AUGGGUAUUCCUGGCCUCAACAAAGCGGUCGGAGCUUCUGAUCGAAUCGCCUUAUCUCGACUCGCAGUCAAGCAUCUAGAAGCCACGAGGCGCCCCAUCCGAAUUGCCGUGGACAUAUCAAUAUGGCUUUUCCAGCUCCAGGCCGGACGAGGAGGUCAGAACCCAGAAUUGCGAACUCUAUUCUUUAGACUUGUUCGGCUGCUUGCCCUUCCAGUCCAUCCUCUUUUUGUCUACGAUGGAAAACAGAAGCCGCCAUUCAAGCGCGGCAAGGCGACCACAGGGCGAAGCUAUGGUUCUGCCCCCAUUAUCGGUCUUUCAAAAAUUCUCAUAGACCUCUUCAAAUUUCCGCGACACGAUGCGCCGGGAGAAGCCGAGGCUGAGUGUGCGCGGCUCCAGCAAGCUGGCGUCGUUGAUGCCGUAAUGAGUAAUGAUAUCGACACCCUGAUGUUCGGAUCAACUCUUACGGUGAUGAACUUUUCGAAAGAGGGCUCAACUGGAACUACAGCUGCAACUCAUGUCGACUGCUACACAACAGAGAAUAGACUUGGCGUUGAGGGAAACGUGAAUUUGAACCGUGCUGGUAUGGUUCUCUUUGCAAUGCUAAGUGGAGGUGAUUAUCUGCCAUCAGGAGUUACGAAAUGCGGACCUAGCUUGGCAGGAGAGAUUGCCAAAGCCGGCUUUGGCGAGGACCUUUUCGAAAUAGUCUAUUCUCUUGAAUCCGAAAUCAAAGAGAAACUUGAUGAAUGGAGGGAUAGACUGCAAUACGAAUUGGAUGAGAACGAAAGCGGCUACUUUCAAUGCAAGCACAAAGCAGUCCGAAUUCCCGAUUUUUUCCCCGACUCUCAGAUUCUUGCGUUCUACGCGAAACCACUUGUCUCCAACGAUACCGAGAUCGAGAAUUUGCGCCGGCGACUUACAGAUGCCUGGGAUCAUGAAAUUGAUGCUCUGGAGCUUAGAAAAUUUGUUGCUGAAUUUUUCGACUGGAAAUACAGAUCGGGAGCCAGGAAGCUGGUCCGAAACAUAGCCGAGCCACUGCUAUUGACCAGGCUGCGUCUGGGUCGUUCUCCUAUAGCGCUGCAUGGCUAUGGCUCCUACAUCCCCAACCAGGAUGUUCCUGUCCUGCAAAAAGCAUAUCGGAGCCGAAUGCAUUUCAUUACCGGGGGGACCCCUCAACUACAGGUAGAAAUGAUUCCACUUGACGUCGUAGGACUGGAUUUAGGCGCAGAAGAGCCGAACCCACCGCCCGAAAGCUCACAAAUUACGCAGCCGGGAUCUCAGGCCGCAGAAGCAAGUGACGAGGAAGAAGUCGGGGUUACGGAACCAUCGGUUAAGACAACAAUUGGCUUUCAACUACCAAAGAAGAUAUACAAUCCCAGCGAGCCCGAAAAAAUCUGGGUUUUUGAGGCGGUAGCAAGGCUCGGCAUCCCCAAGGUGGUGGAGCAAUGGAAGAAGCAAGAAGCAGAAAAGAAUGCUCCCAAGAAACCUAAACCCAAGAAGACAACAAGCACGGUCAGAAAGAAGAAAGUUAUUGACCCUAGCAUGAAGCCUGGGGGGAUCCUUCGAUUCACAACCGUUACGAAACCGGGCAGUGGCAUGAAUGCAGAUAAACAAACUUAUCUGCUUGAAGCGUCGACCUCUCAAUCUUCACAAUCUUCACAAAAGCAAAAAUCUAGUCAGUACUCUUCUCAAGCCGAUCCCCAAACUCCUUCUAAAAUGGGAAUGGCGAGUCAAACAUCGCAGCGAUUGCAUAAUGUGAUGAAAACACCUUGGCUCUCUGUUGAGGAUCCCAUCCUCCAAUCUCCAGUGGCAUGUAGCCUGACAGAUGGCAGCCCCUCGAAUCGACGGAGACCACGUUUCACCACGGGAAGACCAGUGCUAGGUUCCGCGGAGUCUCCAAUACGACUUGAUUUGGACGAUAAUGUUGAGACCUGUGAUACAUCACCACUCUCGCGAAUUAAAGUCAGCUACACUAAUGUUGGAAGCUCACUACCUCUCGCCAUGACUCCUCCCAGUCACCUUGAAUCGCCACAGCCUCGUCGUUCGCGCCGAUCUAAAGCACAGCCAGAGUGCAAAUCUCUCGAAUAUGAGGAGUUGGAGCCUCUUCCUAGACCUCUUUCUUUGCCAGCCCCCAAACCAUGUCGAAAACCGAAAAGCCUUGAUCGACAGCCUGAAAGUCAAAAAGAUGUCCCGGAACCUGUUUGUACACCACCACCGUCGUCGUCAUCAUCCUCACAACCAACUCAGAGCACCAACGAUGACAACUUUCCUGAAGCUACUGCCAAAGCUCGUCGUACCAAAACAGUCGAGAAAAUUCGUACUGAGAAUGGGUUCUGGACGGUAGAGACCUAUGAAGAGGAAAUAACAUGCCCCUCAAAGGGCGAGGCGGCAGACAAGGAUGGUAAAGAGGAUGAUGAUCAGAAGCCCAAAAAGAAACGAAUUGGACGAGUUAGUAUCUUGGAUUUGAGCUAG